GAGAGGGAGAGAGGGAGCUUUUCACAGUCCAGGGCAAGGACUCAAAACUGGUUUCAUAAGCUGUUUUAAUAUCUGCCGUUGAUCCCCCUUCCUAAUCCCCCACCCCCCACCACCCACCCCUUCAGUCAGCUUCAUCCGAGUCGAGAUGCUGGUCUCCAUCCUGCCGUUUCUCGCCCUUGUACGCUUGGUGUACCCGCAGAGAUCCGAGCCUAUCUUUGCAGCCGUGACCGACACGGUCCUUCCUCCUGACUACGACAAUAAUCCGACUCAACUCAAUUAUGGAGUGGCAGUCACUGAUGUGGAUAACGACGGAGAGCUGGAGAUAGUGGUGGCAGGGUACAAUGGUCCAAACCUGCUGCUUAAAUACGACAAAGUCAAAAAAAGGCUCCAGAACAUAGCAGUUGAUGAGCACACCUCUCCUUACUACUCUCUCCGCGAUCGCCAGGGCAAUGCUAUAGGUGUGGCAGCCUGUGACAUCGAUGGUGACGGAAGAGAAGAAAUAUACUUCCUCAACACCAAUAAUGCAUUUUCAGGCAUGAGCACAUAUACCGAUAAACUCUUCAAGUUUCGGAAUGGAAGGUGGGAAGACAUCCUGAGUGAUGAGAUCAACAUCCACAGAGAGGUCGCUAACCGUUUUGCUGGCCGGUCUGUGGCAUGUGUGGACCGGAAGGGCUCCGGGAAAUAUUCUGUUUAUGUGGCCAACUAUGCCAGCGGCAGCAUUGGCCCUCACGCUCUUAUAGAAAUGGAUGAAGCGGCCAGCAACCUGUCAAUGGGAAUUGUCGCCCUUUCCAAUGUUGCAGCAGAGGCAGGAGUCAAUAAGUUCACGGGUGGCCGUGGAGUCGUUGUUGGCCCCAUCGUCAGCUCUGACAAAUCCGACAUAUUUUGCGACAAUGAGAACGGGUCUAACUUUCUAUUCAAGAACAACGGAGAUGGCACCUUCACAGAUGUGGCAGCCCAGGCUGGGAUUGAUGAUCCUCAGCAACACGGCCGCGGACUGGCUUUGGCAGACUUCAACAGGGAUGGGAAAGUGGAUGUCGUGUACGGCAACUGGAUGGGGCCACACCGCUUCUACCUGCAGACCAGCGUGAAUGGAAGAGUCCGGUUUAGGGAUAUAGCAACCCAAAAGUUUGCGGUGCCCUCACCAGUUAGAACAGUGAUAGUGGCGGAUUUUGACAAUGACCAGGACCUUGAAGUAUUCUUCAACAAUAUCGCGUACCGAGGGUCUUCAGCAAAUCGCAUCUUCAGGGUCACACGCCGGGAAGGGGCAGACCCACUGAUUGAGGAGGUAAAUGCAGGAGAUGCUGCAGAGCACACAGGACAAGGGACAGGUGCUGUUGCUACUGAUUUUGAUGGUGAUGGGAUGCUGGAUCUCAUCAUUUCUCAUGGAGAGUCCCGGGCACAGCCUCUUUCUGUCUUUAAAGUAAUCCAGGGUUCUGACAACAAUUGGUUGAGAGUCAUCCCUCGGACCAGGUUUGGUGCGUUUGCCCGUGGGGCGAAGGUGGUGCUGUACACGAGGAGAACUGGGCCUCACCUCCGCAUUAUUGAUGGAGGCUCUGGGUACCUCUGUGAAAUGGAGCCGGUGGCACACUUUGGAUUGGGUAAGGACAUUGCAACACACCUGGAGGUGAUCUGGCCAGGUGGGACGUUCACCUCUCGCGCUGUUUCCCUCAGUGAAAUGAACUCCACCAUAGAAAUCUCAUACCCACACCAGGAAGGUCAAACUAGGAAUCUGGAAAUUGAGUGUGGAGAAGGUUUCACAGAUGACGGGAAUGGUCGCUGUAUAGAUGCAGAUGAAUGUGUCCAGUUUCCUGCAAUGUGCCCCAGGGAAAAGCCCAUCUGUAUCAACACGUAUGGAGGCUACAAGUGUCGGCCUAACAGGAAAUGCAGCCAGGGUUAUGAACCCAAUGAAGAUGGGACAGCUUGUGUGGGUCAGUGAACUGCUGCUGGAUAAAUGGUCUUUUAAUGCUUUAACAAUUACAUUUAUGAAAAUGUUAAGCACUUCAACACAACUGAGCUGAAUUUCAAUUUUACACCAAUGUAUAUCUUAUGCAGAUGCUCACUAAAUAAAUGACCUGUUCAUGCACUACUA